AUGAUCUAUCCUUUCAUUCUCCUGUCACUUACUUCCAUUGCCGAAGCAAAUUAUUUUUCAUCCGACCCGUUUCAGUUCUCAACUAGUUGUGAUCCUAAUCUCGAAACCACCACAACGGAAGUGGCUGAAACCUCUACUACUCCCUACCACCCAAUGGCAUGGGAUUUCAAAGAUUUCACUCAUAGUUUAACCCAAGAACAAUCGUUCAACGAACUUAUGUAUCUCACUACAAACGGACUGGUGAAUAACAUAUGUACAGGGUGA